GAUUUCAGUUGUCUUCCAGAACACAGACCGAGCUGGUCCCUGUUUGCAUCAGAUUAUUUUGCUUUUAAAGCCUUUUUAAUGGCCUUGUAAAACUAAUGUGAUUGCUUUCUUUCCUUUUUUUCAUCAACUGGUUAUUAGACAGAGAUUGGGCCGUUAAAAAGAGCGACUGGGAAAACAGAAACCGAGUGAGUGGCCAGUUUUUUUUCUUUUCAGACUGUUUGCUGGACCAUGAGAGGAGUGAGCUUGGAAGUAAGCCUUGGUCACAUGGAGAGGUUCUAAUCAUGACUCCACCUGGGUACUUACUCAUCAGUGGGUGACUGCUGGAUGUUAGAGGCAAGACGUGCAUGAGCAACCCUGCAUCCAGACAUGGAAAUACGCAAGAGAGGACUGAGCAAGCUGGAGAGUUACUGGGACAUCUCUCAAUAUGAUAUGUCUGCUGAAAGUUGUGUUGAAGCAAGAGGGGGUUUAAGGGUCAGUGAAAGGGAAGACUCUGGGAGAGAUUCCCAGGAUUGGUACCGUCUGAGCAUUCCACCUCUGUGGCCUUGGCAGACUGUUGUCAUAGCAGCAGGGUUGGUAUUGGCUGUGCUAACUGGGCUGGCUCAUGCCUGGUGUGUUUACUCCAUACAUGAGAACCUUCUGUGGUUCUCUCACCUCAAGGAAGUUGAGCGUGAAAUCUCCUUUCGGACAGAAUGUGGCCUGUACUACUCGUACUAUAAACAGAUGUUGAGAGCUCCCUCCAUACAGCAAGGUCUUUCAGAGCUCAUCAGUGAUAAUGCCACUGAAUCCAAGAGAACCAUUAACCUCCUGCGACGCAUGAACAUCUAUCAGGAAGUGUUCCUAGGUGUUCUCUAUAGGAUUCUACCCAUACAGGCCUACCUGGAACCAGUGUAUUUCUAUAUCUACACAGUGUUUUCCCUCCAAGCGGUGUACGUCAUAGCCCUCUUCAUCACCAGCUGGCUGCUCAGUGGUUCCUGGCUAGCAGGGGCUCUCACUGGAGUCUGGUACAUCCUCAACAGAGUGGACACAACGCGGGUGGAGUUCACUAUCUCUCUCAGGGAGAACUGGUCCCUGCCCUUCUUCGCUCUCCAGAUAGCUGCCAUCACUUGCUACCUGAGGCCUCACCUCAAACCCAUCCAGCAGAAGGUGGUGUUGUGGCUGAUGUUCCUGGCCACGUUGUGUUUCUGCCUCACCUGGCAGUUUAAUCAGUUCAUCCUGCUGGUUCAGGCUCUCAUCAUCUUCACCUUGGACUGUCUGGACCUCAUCUCCACAGAACAGGUGACCUGCCUGUACCUAGUCCAGGUAAGCAGCCUGCUGUCCGUGUGGCUGCUGCAGUUCUGUAACUCCAUGAUCCUGGGCUCUCUGGCUCUCAGCUUCAUUGUGGCCGCUCUCUUUGUCAAGCACUUCCAGAGAGGGCUGAAGACAGGAGGUCUCGCAGCACGGCUGGGAAAACUGCUCCUUCACACCGUCCUCGUCCUUGCACUAACAUUCACUAUUAAUUAUUUUGCCAAGCAAGCGUUGCAGCUCCGAUCUGAUGAACACAUCUUUAAAUUCAUAAAGUCCAAAUUUGGCUUGGGGCCUACCAGAGAUUUCGAUGCCAGUCUUUACCUGUGUGAGGAAGCCUUUGGGCUGCUUCCCUUGGACACGUUUGACCGCUUGGCUGGCACUCUGCUGGCAUACCCUUACCUCAUCACCCUGAUUGUGCUCCUGGUGAUGCUGGCGCUGUUAACACUGGCCAACCUCUGUGAUUCUUCAGCGGUCGGGCGGCCGCUGAAAGGCCGGUUCGAGGAGAGGCCGAUUUGUAUGCGGGCAGAUGUCGCCUACAAUCUGUUACACACCGUCUUCUUCGGCCUCCUGGCACUCAGCACCAUGAGAAUGAAAUAUCUGUGGACUGGCCAUAUGUGUGCCUUUGCUGCCUAUGGCGUGUGUGGCAAGGAGCUGUGGUCCCUCUGCCUAAACAUGAUCCACUGUAACACUAAAACAAAGCUGAGGCUGAUCAGGUACACGGUUCCACUUGCCAUUCUGGGAUUUCUAUAUUACAAGUUCUGGCCCAAACUGAUGACGGAAGUAUCAGAACUGAGAGAAUUCUACGACCCUGACACUGUUGAGCUGAUGACCUGGAUUAGCUCAAAGACCCCCAAGACGGCAGUGUUUGCUGGGAGCAUGCAGCUGCUGGCUGGGAUCAAACUGUGCACAGGGAGAGUCCUGACUAACCACCCACACUAUGAAGACCGAGCCCUGAGAGAGAGGACCAGACAGGUAUAUCAGAUCUACGCCCAGCAAUCCCCGGAGGAGGUCCACAGGAUCCUGCGCGCGGCGGGGGCUGAUUUCGUGGUGAUGGAGGACAGCGUCUGCUACGAGAGGAGGCAUGGCCGGGGCUGCAGGCUCCGAGACCUGCUGGACCUGGCCAACGGACACAUCAUGGAUGGCCCUGGGGACAACGACCCAGACUUGGUCCACGCCUCCCACCCUCGCUUCUGUGCGUCCAUCAAGACAGACGGCCCUGCCUACACAGCCCUCUUCACCCGCGUGUUCCAAAACAAGACCUUCCACGUCUACAAGCUGAAGAAGGGCAAGAAGAGAGCCAAGGCCGACAGAGAGCCGGUGGCCAUGCAGGAUUAAACCCAGUAAUAAGACCCUGGGUUACCCCAUAAACAAUGCUCCACCCACCCAUAUCCAGCCCGCCCGCCCAGUCUCCGACUCAGCCUCCCGCUCCCUGCCAAGUCGAUAACCUGAUGACUGCUCUGUGCUCCCUGCUCUCUGGUCUACCCGAGUUCAUCUGGAACCAUGGCUGCACUCUCCCACCCGCCGCCCCUCCCUCUUUCCAUCCCUCCGUGCGCCACUGCAGCCAGAGGCAAGUGAUCACGUCCGGCUGACACGGCGCUGAUUUGAGCAGCGUCUGAUUGCGGCGGGCGAGCAGAUGAGCACAUGCAUAUCAAACCAGGGCUUUGUGUCAGGAAGCUCAUGUUUAAACAGGAGAGGAGGGAUGACGGCGCAUCACAACAACAUUCACGGCUCCCUCUCGCUUUCACCCAGACUAAAGGCAGAGCAGAGCAGAGAAGAAAGAGGAGAGGGACCUUUGAGAGGGUGCUGAUUGAAAGCUAGAGCAGCGUGGGUAAUUAUUGCGGAGGCCAGUCUGGUCUCUUUGGUGGCUAUGUCUGCAGUCUGACUGCACAGCUGCAUCCUGUGCCAUUUUCCUUAUUUUUUAAAAACCGUGUCAUGUCUCGUCUCCACUUGUUAAUGAGGACUCCUCUUUCGAUACUCUCUCACUCAAACACUAAGUUCUGCAUACGUUGUCAGUUGUGGUGUAUAAAGAGGAAGUGGCAUUCUCAUUGUAAUGCAUAACAGUCAUAUCACUGUGAAGAGGAUUUGCUUGUUCAUUCCGUUGCAUUGAAAUUGGAUGUUUAAUUUAGUAGUUGGCUGACAAUUCUUUUUACGAGGGAGAAGUCAUUCCUUUAUGUUUUCCUAAUAAGUGCAUACUAAUGUAAUGUUGUUGAGCAUUGACAUAGUUAACUUUCAUAUUUAUUAAUAAUUCAGUUUAAAUGCAUUGGUCAUUUAAAGUAACAGUAUUUUAAUGGAAAUUAAAUGAGAACAUUUUUAUUAACUGUGUGUAUUCCCUCAAAACUCAUCACCCCAGAAUCAUACUGUAUUCUGUAGAAGGACUGCAUUGUGGGUAAACCAUGACCGCUGGUCAAUGUUGAAUUAGGUGAAUGGUUAACGUAUUCAUGGUCACUGGUCUAUGUAUGACUGACUAACAUACAAAUCAAAGUAUUUCGAUUUUUUUCACAUGUUGGUGCAUUACAAAAUGGGAUUGAAGUAGAUUUAAUUGUAAUUUUCUGUCAUUGAUUUACUUUUUUUAUUUUUUUAUACCGAUUUAAUAAAAAUGCAAUAACUAAAAUAUAGUUGUUGCAUAAGUAUUCACCCCCCCCUUUGUUUAGGCAGGCCUAAAUUAGUUCAGGAGUAACAUUUGGCUUAACAAAUCACUUAAGUUACAUGGACUCAUUCUGUAUGAAUUAAUAGUAGUUGACAUGAUGUUGAAUGACUACCCAUUCCUCUGUCCCCCAUACAUACAACAGUUGUAAGGUCAAGUAUUGAAUUUCAAGCACCGAUUCAACUACAAAGACCAGAGGGGUGUACUACGAAACAAACUACAGUAGAUCUACUCAGGGUUUUCUAAAGCUAGCCAGCUUCAGUUACUCUCCCAUUCCAGCUCAGGCUUCCAUCCGUACUACGAUGGGGGAUAUUGGUCGUCUAUCUGCCGCUAGCUCUAGCAGGCUUGUAACUGCGUUUGUACGUCGCACGUGGCCUUUCAAACACCGGACUUUGCAUUGGGACAAUUCUGAAACAUCAAUCCAUGGGAAAGUCAGUGCCACAUUUUCAUUUGUGCCGAAAUCAAAAUGAAAGAAAAGUUCUCGCGCAAAUUCAGCAGGCUUUCGUGUGCGAGACUUUUCAAAGUGUUGUCUUUUAUUUUAUUACUUGGGUGUGGUUGUCACACAAAUACCUUUUCCCCCACCCCUAUUGAUAAAAUAAUUGUAUUAAGUCAUAAAUGUUUUACUGUGCGUGAAGUUUCAAAUGCAUUUGUCAUUACUAAAUAUGUCAUUUAAUAGGUAUUUUAACAUGGUCACACUUCAUUUGGAUAGUCCAGAUAGUCCCAUCUGUAGAUGCUCUACAGAUGGUCAUACUGUCAAUAUUCUAUCAAGGUCAUACUAUCUGUUGUUAAGCAACUGUGGUUAGGGUUAUGUUACGGUUAGGGUUAUGCUACGGUUAGGGUUAUGCUACAGUUAGGGUUAUGUUUAGAAUGAGGGUAAGGGCUAGGGUUAGUAGAUAGUUGAAAUGUUACAGCUGCUCUACAGUCACCGCAAUCUAAAAUUGAGGUGUGCUCAAUCCAGGUGUGCAAAGCUCUUAGAGACUUACCCCAAGAAGACUAAUCGCUGCCGUAGGUGUUUCAAACAUGUAUUGACUCAGGGGGGUGAAUACUUAUCUAAUCAAGGUAAAUUCACGUUUUAUUUUCCAGUCGUCUAAAAAAAAAUAUAGUAUUACACUUUGAAAAUGAAAUCCAUUUAAGUCCCACUUUGUAACACAAUAAAAUGUGAAGAAAUCCAAGGGGGGGCGAAUACUUAUGAUAGGCACUGUAGUCUAAAUCCUGAUGUAAACAAAUUCAGACUUAACAGGGUAAUGUCAAAUUAUUCAAUACUGUAAAUGGUUAAUGUGUGUUAUUUUAUUGCAUAUUUGGCAAUGUAGAUUGCGUCAUGUUAUCGUUUAAAGUUUUAACAACUUGAGUAUGAAAGUGCCUUCAACAUUGUCUGUUUAAUCUCUGUGUUGAUGUAAAAUGUCUGUUAUUGAACCUAAGUUGCUUGCAGUGCUGAAAAAUGAAAGUCUAAAUUGUACACGUGUCAUUUUCAUAGUUGUAUUUUGCAUGAUUUAAGCUUUAUGUCAAAACUUGAAACUUUACAGAGGAACAUGUUAAAUAUCAAAUAGGCAUAGUUUUGGGGAUUGAAUGCAGACUGUUUACAUGAAUGUUUCCAAUAUUCUGUCGACCACAUACGAUUUUGUACUAUCUGAAAAUCAUUCAAAGUCAUGAUGACAAUUUUCUAUGGCCCAGUCUUCUUCAUUACUUAACACUGUGUUUAAUCUAGAAGACACCCCUCUGCUAAUCUGCUGGUUGUGAUAUUGCCUCUCCUAUUGUUCUGUGUCUGUCUGUUCACCCAGUAAAUGGGUUGGUCCUGUUUGACGUGCCUGUGGAGAAAUUGCACUAGUUGGUGUGGCAUAUCAUGUUUUAUGUUGUUUCAUCUUCCUUAUGAAUGCAGUUUACCAUUGAUCAGUGUUCCGUGUUCUUAUCGAAAGGGACUUUGUUUCCUCUGUUGCUUUGUAUAAAACAUUUUUUUUCUUCACA